AUGAAUCCCCUUAAGUGCGCGUUUGGGGUGCGUCGCGGCAAUUUUUUGGGCUUUUCGGUGCAUCGCCAGGGAAUCGACCUCGAUCCCACCAAAGCUCGUGCAAUCACAGAUAUACCCUGCCCUUGUUCUUUUAAACAGCUUAAAAGCUUUUUGGGCAAAGUUUCAUAUUUGCGUAGGUUCAUACCUGCUCUCGCAGAAGUCUCUCAUCCUUUUAGCACUUUGAUUAAAGGCAAUGCCAAAUUCCUUUGGACAGUGUCUCAUCAAGCAGCCUUUGAGAAGAUCAAGACCAUUCUUGCUUCCUCGACCACCAUGUACCCACAUGUUAGGGACCAGCCUCUGCUUCUCUAUCUCACUUCAACUGACAAGUCUAUUGGGGCCCUUCUCGUGCAAACAGUCAACUGGCAAGAACGGUCAGUCUAUUAUCUCAGUCGCCUUAUACGCGAGGCUGAGGCUUGUUAUUCAGCCAUCGAGCGUCACUGCCUUGCCCUUGUUUUCACUACACAAAAAUUUAGGGAAGGUGUCGCGGUGGCUUUUACCUGUUAUGCACCAUUGGGUAUUAAGAGCCAGGCUUUAGCAGAUUUGCUCGCGCAGUUCCCUGAACAGAGGCAUGAGCCUCUCGACAAAGCAUUACACCUCGACGAGCUCCAGGUGGCUGCCAUCGCAGAUUGUCACGGUGAAUGGAAACUAGCUUUUGAUGGGUCUUCCACUAGCACAGGUGGCAAGGCAGGCAUUAUUCUUACCUCGCUAACCCAGCAGGUUGCUACGGCUUUCAAGCUGGCCUUUCGUUGUUCUAACAAUGAAGCUGAGUAUGAAGAACUCAUUCUUAGCCUCCUCGAAACCCUCGACAAAGGUAUCUCGCGCUUAUGUGUAUUCGGGGAUUCCAAGUUGGUUAUUAAACAGGUAAUGGGUGAGUAUGCUAUACGCAAGCCUUCACUCGCAUCUUAUCGUACUAUUAUUCAAAAGCUCCUUGCGAGAUUCUCUUCCGUUCGUUUCUUGCAUGUACCUCGUUCCAAUAUUUGGUACCCAGAUGCCCUUGCCAUGUUAGCUUCAAAGCAGACCAUUACAGAUGACAUGAUUGAGAUCCACAUCAUAAAAUGCAUUGGUCCAGCUAUCAUCGCCGAGCUCUUCCCAGUCCAAAUUGUUCCAGACAAUGAUUGGCGAGCCCUAAUCAUUAGCCAGCUCAAACAGCAGACAAGGUCGCUACCUCUCACACAAUUAAAAUCAUUCCAGCUCUUACAGGGAUUACACUACUUCCGGCUAUUGGCCAGAUAUUUAGGCCCUAGCGAUGCUGAGGCAGCGCUCAUAGCGACUCACGAGCAGCACUGUGCCACACCUUUAGUGUUGUAUCGACGCCUCCAGCGUCAGGGUUAUUUUUGGCCAAAUAUGGCAGCUUAG